AUUUUCACAUAUAGAUGAAAGAAUUUUGUGAAUUUUACGACUAUUGUUCGAGAUUCUCGAAACCGAUCGAUUCCGCGCUUCUUGCUAAAAGUUAUUUCUUCGUUUUAGCAUCAAAAUGAGAAAACUCGUGAGCUUUUCAUUUUAUCCACUUUUCAUUUUAUGAACCUAAUCAGUUUGGUUUCGGUUUCCAAGUAUUUAUACAGAAAAAAAAAAAACAAGCGGAAGACUCAUUCUUUCACGCGAUUUUUUUUUACACGGCCAAGCACAUGUUCUUUGUACGUUUACUACUAGCGUCGUCGCAUCUACACCCUCGUCGCAUCUAAAAUGAAACAGAUGUAUAUUCGAAGUUUAAAGCGAAAGAGCGAGAUCAGUUUCAGUGUAGUUUGGUACAGCGAGAAGCAAGAGCACGCCUCUGUGUAGCUUGCUUGCCGAGCAUUGAAACGUGAUUGGUUUUUUAUUUUUAUCUGCAGACCCGCUCACUCCUACUUUUUCAUUCUUAAUUUCAGCGCGAAUCAAUGCAGGGACGAAGAAUAGUAGGCCUAACGUUCGACCUAACACUCUGCAGACUAGUUAUUUCAUGCUACUCGAACGCGCUCGUCAAUAUGAGGCUUCUCUUUUCGCUUACACUAAAGGGAAAGAAGGAAGAAGCACGAGAGAGAAGUGCUCGAAAUUAAAUUGCCGCUCGAGCACUUGACGAAAACGAGUUGCUUAUCGAGACGCAGUCCCAUAAAAAAAGAGUCCAAAAGAGCGGCCCGAUCAAACGACUCGCGUCUCGAUUCGUUUGAUUGAGACGAUUGAUGUUUCUCGGAGUAAAACGAAAUGACAACGGAUGACGAGCCACGGGCAGCCCGUAUGCACAACAAAUUAAUCGUAGUCCCAAUCCAUCGCGUUCUCGCAUCACCAGUCGCUGAGGCGGUGCUUCUAAUUAUUAAAUAGUGCGAGCGGCAAUCAGUGACGCGACUCGUCUUUAAUUGGUCCGAAAGAUAAAGUCGUGGCUCUCCCAACGAUCGUAAAAAUAUCCGCGCAGUAUAAUAUUGAACAAACAUUGCCAGAAUAUCUGUCACUUUGGAAAUUUGAGUAAGAAAAAUCGCGCGUUUACGAGCACGAUACAUAUGACAAUGGUAAUCGUUAAAAUCAACACCUGGUGAUGGUCAACAAUUUGAUGCCGUAAUGACGUAAUAUCUCGAUGGACGACGCAAAGAAGAUAAUUCCUUGACGUCAAUUUAAACGAGUUUUGUAAUUUCCCGUUCGCAAUUGUCUUUCUCUCUGAAACGCGUUAAAAUCUUUGUGUACCUAGAAUCGUCGUUAUCUCUAAUCGGCAGAAGCGAGAGAUUCCGCGUUUCUAUCGAAAUGUAUCUCUCCUUCCCCCCUCUCUCUUUCUCUUUAUGUAUCUAUCUCUCUUUUCAUUGCUUUUCGCAAUCCGCGAUUAAUGCAAAAUGCCAUGGCGCGCGCGAUUAGAAAAUUAAAUUAAACUACGCCCGCGCACGAAUUUUAUCUGCCGCUCUUUUUAUCUUUCCGCAUGGAGAUUUCGCGAUAACCUUUUUUUACGCGAGGGCGACAGGUACUCUUCUUCCUCCCCCGCGGGGAUAUAAAACGGACAUUCGUUAGAUGUUUCAAUUCAGUGAUUUGUGCACCCUGUGCUCCGCGACAUCUUUUUUUUUUUUUAAACGUCGAUCUCCUACGACCAGAGAAAUGAAUAUUCUAAUAAUUGCCGAGUUUUUCAUUCUCAGCCACAUGUCUUAUGUGUUGAGUAGACAACUGAAUCUUACUCAGCUAAUUAGGCAAAGCUUUGAUCCCGAGUUCAAUUACAAAAACUAUCUACGGGACAUACCAGUGGAGAGAGACGUCUUUUAUCUACCGGAGGGAUAUUAUAAUGCGGAAAACGCGGCAAAGAAACUGCGACAGCUAAACAGAGAUAACAGAGAUUUAAUGCCCGAAUACCGUAACCUUUGCGAAACAAUAACGAGAAAAGUGGAAAUGAUCGAUUCCGAUUACGAAUAUCAACCCCCAUAUUAUCAUGAGGUCUACUGUAAAGGCUAUUCAUUAUUGAGUGAAGAAGAACGAAUAAUAAAACCAUUACAACAAAAAUGCGUUUAUCCGGCAUUUCAAUGCGUGCAGAGAAGUCGAGUUUUGUCUUUUGUCAGACGACAAUGGGAUAGUGAAUGUUGGGAACCAUAUACAAAGGAAAUCGCUAGUGGUUGCGACUGCAUGUGGCCAGUCACUAACCUUGGCGAAAUAAAGCAUCAUUAUUAAUUUAGUAGAACUGUAUAUUAGUGAAGUUAAAGUUUCGUUAUAGCAUAGAAAAAUCAAGAAACUUUGUGACGUCCAUAAUAAACAAGAUCUUUCAUAAAAAA